AUGACACUACGCGUUGAUCGGACCAAGUCUCGCGAGGGCCGGAAACUCGCCGUUUCGCCUCUCGGGACCGGCAAGCCUUCUGCCGAUGAACGGCUUCCUCCUUGUCGACACUUCGACCGUCACUGCGGCGGCUGCAGUUUCCUCCACCUCAGCUACGAGGCCCAGCUGCGCGAAAAACGGGCUCUCUUGGUGUCGAGUGCCUCGAGGGAAACGUUUUUCGGUUCGGAGCAGCAAGACGUUUUGCGCCCUGUCGUGCCGUCGCCAAGUGACCUGAUGUACAGAAACCGGUCCGACUUCAUCUUCCUCUUGAAGAACGGCCCUCAGCUUGGCCACUUUCAUUUUGAUUCGCCGCAAGUCGUUGACAUUCCGCAGUGUCCGAAACUCAUGCCAGCGGGUCGUCGCGUCUAUAAGGCAGUCCGAGAGCGCCUGCUUCCUAUCCUCAAAGCGAACCGGGAACUCACCAUUUUCAACCGCCUUUCAGGCACCGGCCUUCUCAAGGGACUUACGAUUCGGUCGGCUGUUGAUCGUGACGGCGUCGAGCGCGUCCUCUUGGGCUUUGUAUGCUCACAGACCGUCUGCAACCUCGAUGCACUCUCACACCUCUCGCAGGCUCUCCUGGAGGAUUGCGGUCCUGCUCUGGCAGGCGUCGUAGCCGUCCCGAUGGCCAGUCCGGGGCGCGAGCCUUCGGAGGCAGAGGAGGUGGUGCUGGCAGGCGCCGGCCACGUCGUUCAGAGCCUGGGCUCUUUCGGAGACCUUCAGAUUUCAAUCAGGACCUCGUUUCCAACGAACGCGCUUCUUCUCGCUAGUUUUUGCAAUACAGUUGUGGAGGCGGCGGCUCUUCAGCCUCACCACGUUGUCUGGGAUAUUUUCUCUGGAUCAGGGCUUUUUUCUCUGCUCAUGGGGAGGCAGUGCAGAAAGGUGUUUGCGUUCGACAGCCGACCGGAGAACUUCGCCGAGAUGGAGAAGAAUUUGUCCUUCAACGGGGUCGAGAAUGUCACUGGCUACGUAGCCGACCUCUCGUCUCGAGCCCUUUCCAAGCACGUCCCGUCCCACUCUGAUGGGAACGAGUGCCGCGAAGAUGGAGAGCUGUCGGAUGAAGAGGCCUCGGAGACCAGCCCGCGGGUGGAGCCGCUGACAUAUCCACAGCGUAUCCCCGGUCUGUAUGAUGAGAAGGAGGAGACUCGAAGGCGCCAGCAGCACCUCAACCGCGUCGCCCGCGAAGCGCUGAAACUUCUCGAGCGUGAAGGCCUACAAUCCCCAGUUGCAGGAGCGGGACACGAGACGGGUGAAGCUUUCGUUCGGCAUCCCGAGAGGAAAGCUGUGCGCGAAAAUAGGUCCAACCAAGAGGAAGGACAGGAAGUGGAACAAAGUGACGACAGCGAGCAGGACAACGAUGCAAUUGAGUUCGAGGGCUUGGAGCCGCCAGAUGUUGUGAUUCUGCAGCCACCUCGGCUUGGAUGCGAUAAGGCCUUGAGAAGGUGGUUACGUCGAGCCGCGAUCCCGCGAAUUGUAUACAUAUCACGCCAUCCGCCCCGCAUGUUCCGAGACAUUGGAGCUUUAACCUAUCUGGGGUAA